AUGGGAGGUUUCUUUGCAGCCAAGCUCAGUCUCCGGCUCGGCAAGUUGAAAAAUUUUGAGCUUCCGAGGACUUCGAUGAUGAUUGUCCACAAGGCAGUCUUGCAACGGUCGCCGUACUUCCAGGCUCGUCUGGCAGAUCACUGGCACAACGCCAGGGAGGAGAAUUCAGGCCUUUUGCCUUUGCGACUCCCUCCGGGCUGCCCUGUCGCUGCGGCCACCGUUGUGAUCCGAUACCUGUACACGGACAUGGAGGAGAAGUGCUCACCGCGCAGCGCGGCGUGCUACGCCAGGAGCGCGACCGCAGGCAGCCUCCGCUUGGGCCAGGCAUCAGUGGCGAUUGGCGCGGCACAGCUGAGCCAGAUGCUGCUUCUGGAGGACCUCGCAGAGGAGCUCUCACGCUUGGCGCAGUCGCUGCUGGUCUCGUCAGACGAGGCGGCGGCUCUCCAGGAUCGCUUCGUGGCUUUGCCAGAGCCGCUGACAAAGGUCUGCCAGGCGGUGCAGCUUUCGCCUGCGGUCGAGCUGAGGACGGAGGAGUUGGCGCCCGGGCCUGGAAUUUCCGUAGCUAACCAGCAGUCUGUUUGCUUGGCAGCCUGGCAUCGAGCCGUCGUCAGCUUUGUCAUGGCCAUGGCUCGUACACUUGGGCUCAGCCUAGUUCUUGCUUUGGCUUCAGCAGAGUCCUUGCACGAUUGCAUUGAAAGCAAGUGCCGCGGCUGUGGCGGUGAGCAAUGUCAGCUUUGCCGUGAAGACCACAACACCGUGUCUGCUUGCGUGUCAUCUUGCAUGGACACCCUUUGUCAUGGCUGCGGGGGGGAGCAGUGCCAGCUUUGUCGCGAGGAUGCGAAGACGGUCGAAUCCUGCUGCUCCCAGCAAGGACUGGAAUCGGUAACUUCGCAGAUCGACAUGUGCAAGGCCCACCCUCCGACUCCUACGACGCCUUGCGCUGGCUUGUACGGGGCCGAAAGCCUUCAAUGUGCCUGGGAGGAGGAUGUGAAGACCUGCAUGGAGACCACCUGCCGCGGUUGCGGCGGCGAGCAGUGCCAGUUGUGCCGCGAAGAUGCUUCGAGGAUCGACAGCUGCUGCCAGGACCACUGGCACUCAGUGGAUCCGCCGCAGAUCUGUAAGGAUGCCAAGGACAAGCUGGAAUCCAACCAGGAUCCGUGCGACGGGCUCUACGGCUCCCAGGGCCUGCAGUGUGCAUGGGAGCAAGAUGCCAAGAGCUGCGUGGAGGCUGCCUGCAAGGGUUGCGGCGGUGAGCAGUGCCAGCUGUGCCGCCAAGAUUUUUCGAGGAUCGCCAACUGCUGUGAUGACCACUACCACUCCGUUGAUCCGCCGAAGAUGUGCAAAGAUGCCAAGGAAGAAGCUGUUACCAGCUGUUUCGACAGCAAGUGCCACGGCUGUGGUGGUGAACAGUGCCAGCUGUGCCGUGAAGAUGCCAGGAGCGAAUGCUGCACUGGGGCCAUGCGAACUCCUUCCUGCGAGGCUUCCAACAAGAUGCCAGUUCUUCCAUAG